AUGGGUCGUGGGAAGCGCAAGCAGCUUGAGUUGGCUGACAUCCAGGACGAAACUGAUAUCUAUGAUAGACUUGUUAUUAGACAAAAGCAAAAGACCAAGAGGCCCAAGCCAUUGGAGGAUCCAUAUGUUGAAAGAGAGCAAUCCCAAUUGCAUAAGAGACUCUUGAGAAUCGAGGGAAGAGGGGAAGAGAACGAUGAUGGACACCCAAAAAUCGAGGCCAAAAAUACCUCGAAGGAGGAUCUCCCUGCCGUGGUUGAAAGUAAAGAGUUGGUUGAGGAGAAACUGCUUCGUUCAAUUCCGGAUGUGCAAACUCGUUGCAAAUAUUUAUUAGACAGGUACAAGGAGUUAGAGCUAGACCUGUUAUUUGGAGAUUCACAAACAAACGAGGCGUUUAGGCUGUUCUUACAGAAAAUGGCCAUUGAUCCCUGGCAAGAAAGCGGUCUUCCUAAGAUACGUGAAGCUUUGUUUGUGAAGGUUAUGAAGGAUACCAUUGCAAAGAUCGACGCCAGGAAAAGCAUCCGAAGAAAGUUUGUGGAGACGUAUGGGGCAAGCGAUAAGGAUUGCAAAGUGUUAGAGAAAGAGUCACUUGAUUCCUCUGGCAUUAGCCGUAAGUCUACAAAGCUUAAUUUACCUCCUAUUCUAUUAGAGCUCUUUGACCUGUGA